AUGUCUGAGUUCCAAUUGAAUAUAUUGAAACAUUUGGGUGAUUUAGGUGAGAUCAAAUCCACUUUACAAGUUUUCCCAGAUGUUGAUUCUCAAGAUGUCCUAUCUGCUUUAAACUCCUUGAAAGCUCACGGUAAAUUAUUAUAUACUAAGAAUGAUAAAAUGCUCUACGAAUUAACCAGUGAAGGUCAAGAAAUUUUAAAUAAUGGUUCUCAUGAAAUGAAACUUGUCCAAUUAAUCACAGAUCUAGGUAAGUUACAAAUCAAGGAUGUCAAUGCAAAGUUGGGACCAAAUGGUAAGGUUGGUCAAGCUCGUGCUUUCAAAAAUGGUUGGAUUGUUAAGACCAAAGAAAAUGAAUUGGAAUUGAGUGAAAAAUGUAAAGAUCCUUCCCAAUUACAAGAUGAAACUAAAUUGUUAUUACAAAAAAUCGUUAACAAUGAAACUGUAGAUGAUAAAACCAUCAAUGACUUGAAGAAGAGAAAAUUAGUUCUACCAAAAAAAUUAACCGAUUUCAUUGUUACUAAAGGUGAAGAUUUCUCUUUAGAAUUAACCAAGUUCGAAACAGAUGUUACAUCUGAUAUGAUCGUUACCGGUUCCUACAAAGAUCUGAAAUUCAAACCUUACAAUUUCAAUUCUCAAGGUUUACAAGCAACUUCUGGUGCAUUGCACCCAUUGAACAAGGUUAGAGAAGAAUUUAGACAGAUUUUCUUUUCUAUGGGUUUCACUGAAAUGCCUUCAAACCAAUAUGUAGAAACUGGUUUCUGGAACUUCGAUGCAUUGUACGUUCCACAACAGCAUCCUGCUAGAGAUUUACAGGAUACUUUUUACAUCAAAGAUCCAUUGACUUCUGAUUUACCAGAAGAUAAAGUUUAUAUGAACAAUAUUAAGGCUGUUCAUGAAAACGGUAAAUUCGAGUCAAUUGGUUACAGAUAUAACUGGAAAGAAGAAGAAUGUCAAAAACUAGUACUAAGAACCCACACAACUGCAAUUUCUGCCGCUAUGUUACAUAAAUUAGCUAAGAACCCAAAGCCAACAAGAUUAUUCUCUAUUGAUCGUGUUUUCCGUAAUGAAGCAGUUGAUGCCACUCAUUUAGCUGAAUUCCACCAAGUUGAAGGUGUUUUAGCCGAUUACAACAUUACCUUAGGUGACUUGAUUAAAUUCAUGGAAGAAUUCUUUGAAAAAAUGGGUGUCACCGGUCUUCGUUUCAAACCAACUUACAACCCAUAUACUGAACCAUCAAUGGAAAUCUACUCAUGGCACGAAGGUCUAGGUAAGUGGGUUGAAAUUGGUAACUCUGGUAUCUUCAGACCUGAAAUGUUAGAAUCUAUGGGUCUACCAAAGGAUUUGAGAGUUUUAGGUUGGGGUUUGUCCUUAGAAAGACCAACCAUGAUUAAAUAUAAAGUUCAAAAUAUUAGAGAAUUGUUGGGUCAUAAGGUCUCUCUAGACUUCAUUGAAAGUAACCCAGCAGCUAGAUUAGAUGAAGAUUUAUACGAAUAG